AUGCGAUCAUGGUACCAAUUGUGCACUGCUGCACUACUAACGUCGCUAGCGUUUGGAGUUCAGGGCAAUGAGGUCAAGAUUAAAGAAGUAAACCGACAACAAUGCUCGGGCAUGUUCAGUCGCAAGGGCUGGGGAGGAGCUGUAGACCCCUUCAUCUUGACAAAGUUCGUCAAGCCAGAAGACAUACCCGAAGACCAGGAUCCCGUCGUAUCGCUUGUCAUGUUCGAGUGGUCAGAUCGCAACUAUGUCGGUAAACUUAUGGACGACACGACUUCGGAUCGCGCAUACAUCUGCGACGCCACCGCCAUCGAAGCAAAGUUUUGCAAUUCGACCGAGGAGGGCGAGUUCAUUCUGUCUCAGGACUCGGANAAGAGCAAGAGUUUGAUCAUUACUCAGGCCGUACAUCUCAAGAACCCGCCUGCUAUCAAUUACCCCAUCAAGCGUACUGGAUACUACUGUGUGGGCACAUAUGGUUAUACGGCCGAGAACUACAAUGGCAUAGUCGAAUUCCGUAACAGCUACGGUGAACUGCCUGCUGCUCAAAUCGCAAAGCUGCCCUUCUACGGUGCCCUUACUCUGGUAUACGCCCUCGCAUCCGCUGGCUGGGCUUUCCUCUACUUCCAGAACAGGCAUGAUAUCUUGCCUGUCCAGAACUACAUAACCGCCAUUUUGGUCUUCCUUGUCGUUGAAAUCUUCAUGACAUGGCUCUUCUACGACUUCCAAAACAGACAUGGCCUCAGCACAGGCGCAAAAGCAUUGCUCAUCGUAGUCUCGGUUCUCUCAGCGGGCAGAAACUCAUUCAGUUUCUUCUUGUUGCUGAUCGUGUGCAUGGGAUAUGGUGUUGUAAAACCCAGCUUGGGUCGUACCAUGAUCUGGGUUCGCUGGCUGGCAAUCACCCACUUUGUGUUUGGCGUCGUCUAUGUCAUUGCCUCGCUAUCUGUAACUCCUGAGAAUGCUGGCCCUCUGGUCUUGCUCGUCGUCCUGCCUCUCGCAGGUACUCUGACAGCCUUCUACAUCUGGACGCUUAACUCGCUCAAUGCCACCAUGAAGGAUCUAAUGGAGCGCAAACAGACCAUCAAAGCCAUGAUGUACCGUAAGCUCUGGUGGUGCAUCCUCGGUUCCAUAAUCGUCAUUUUCGUCUUUUUCUUCGUCAACAGCUGGACUUUUGCUGGCGUCAGCGAUGAGGAUUUCGUACCUACUCACUGGUCGUCGCGUUGGUUUAUCUUGGAUGGCUGGCUUAAUCUAGUAUACCUCGCAGACGUGGCCUUUGUGGCCUGGCUCUGGCGCCCCACAGCAAACAACCGCCGCUUCGCCAUGAGUGACGAGGUAUGCUUUCCCUUUAACUCUCAAUCACCCUCAACCCUACUAACAAAAUCACUANNGAUCGCUCAAGACGACGAAGGCUUUGAAAUCGCCAGCAUGCGCUCAUCCCUAGACUUUGACGACCCUGAUCUCGAAGGCGCACCACCCGCCUACGAUGCCCCUAGAACCAACGCUUCAAGCUCUGCAGCCAACCGUGAUGCUUCACCACUGCCGGCACCCAAACCAACACGACCAGCCUCAUUACCUAGAGAAUCUCUAGACGGGGAGACGAUAUUCGCCGUUGGUGGUGAAGACGACGAAGAAGAAAGAUGGAGUGAAGACGACAGUGAAAACGAAGGAAAGCAUCUAACAAGCAGCGGCAAGAAACCUUAG